AGGGAGGGAGGGGAGACACAGGCAGAGCGUGAGCAUCUCUUCCUGGCAUUCUAGCUGUCAGUGCAGGAGCACACAGAGAGAGAGAGAGAGAGCAGAGAGGAAAAAUACAAGUGCAACAUCAACAACACAUUCAGAAGAAGCAGGACAAGACUCUGAGAUCUUCAACCUUGGAGCUCAAAGAUUCUCGUCAAACACCUUUGCACAAUUUUAGAGUUUAACCUUCUCCAGCCGCAGCCAUGAACUUCCUACGACGUCGGCUCUCUGACAGCAGCUUCAUCGCCAACCUCCCCAAUGGUUACAUGUCAGACCUCCAGAGGCCUGACCCACCUCCACCACCUCCUCCCACCACCAGCCCCAAGACCCCUGCCUCCGGACCGACUCCUGCCCAGCCGGCCCCCGCUGUGACCAAGUCCCCGACCGCUUCUCCGGCACCGGAGCGACAGCCGCAACCUGCACAAUCGACCGGGACAGGAUUCUUCAGCUCCAUCACCAACGUAGUGAAGCAAACCGCAGCUUCUGCAGGACUCGUGGAGCAGAGUCCCACAGCGGUGUCACGGAAGUUUAAGAUCCUGCUGGUCAUCGAUGAACCCCAACAUGACUGGUCGAAGAUUUUUCGUGGAAAGAAGGUCCAAGGAGAUUAUGAUGUUAAAGUUGAACAGGCGGAAUUCUCUGAAAUCAAUCUCAUGGCACAUGCUAACGGCACAUGCAAUGUGGACAUGCAAGCCAUCAGAAAUGGAACCAAAGUGGUUCGAUCAUUCAAGCCUGACUUUGUGUUGGUCCGACAGCAUGCUUUCAGUAUGACACAGAAUGAAGACUUCAGAAAUAUCAUCAUUGGCUUGCAGUAUGCUGGAAUCCCCAGUGUCAACUCACUGGAGUCAAUCUAUAACCUCUGUGAUAAGCCAUGGGCUUUUGCUCAGCUGAUCAGCACUUAUGUGAGGUUGGGACCAGAAAAAUUUCCUCUCAUUGAUCAGACGUUCUACUCAAACCACAGAAACAUGAUUACAAUGCCGACAUUUCCCGUUGUUGUGAAGAUCGGACACGCCCACUCUGGAAUGGGAAAGGUAAAAAUUGACAAUCAUAGUGACUUCCAAGACAUUGCAAGUGUUGUGGCGAUUACUCAGACAUACACAACCACAGAGCCAUUUAUUGAUGCUAAAUAUGACAUCAGGGUUCAGAAGAUUGGAUCUGAUUACAAAGCUUAUAUGCGAACAUCCAUCUCUGGCAACUGGAAGUCAAACACAGGCUCUGCUAUGCUGGAGCAGGUGGCCAUGACUGACAAAUACAAGCUGUGGGUGGAUGCUUGUGCAGAUGUUUUUGGAGGUCUGGACAUCUGUGCCGUUAAAGCCAUACAUGGAAAAGAUGGAACGGAUUACAUCACUGAGGUGGUGGGAUCUUCAAUGCCACUCAUUGGAGAUCAUCAGGUUGAAGACCGUCAGCUGAUAGCUGCAAUCGUCCUUGCCAAGAUGAACCAGGAAGGAAGUCGUCCAGCAGCUCCACAAAGACCUCCAACCACAGCUCAACCUGCUCAGAGCACUGCCUUAAAGGAAAGCCAGGCUGAUCCGAACAAGAUCCCCGGCCAGCGGCCCCCUCCACAAGGGGGGGCAGUGAAACCCCAAGAACCACAAUCUAAGAGUCAAGAACCUCCACCUGAGCCAGUCCCUGCCCAGGAACCUGUUCCCAAAGCAGGCCCUUCCCCAACUCUUCCACCCACCACGCAGCAACCCAAACCCCAGCCUCAAGCAGAACCUGAACCCACUCCAGGGAAGCCAACAGAUCUGCCACCAAAACCGCAACCUCCCAAACCACUUCCCCCAAAACCUCCGAUCCGAAGAAACUCCAAGCCUCAGAUCCAACCGAAGCCCCAAACCCCACCACCCACCAAGGCCCAUCCAAAACCCCAACUUGAUGACACAGAUCCUGGUCAGAUCCAGGCAGAUUCAGUCCCUGCACAAGAGCAAACCCCAGCCAAGCCUCCUGUCAAGCCCCCAUCACCAGCUAAACCUCAGCUUCAGCCUAAACCUGUGCUCAAAGAGCAACCCAAACCUGAAACCCGAGCUCAGACUGCUGCUGCACCAUCCGAAGGACCCUCAGUCACUACUAGAGCAGUUCCUACCCCUGCCCCAGUGAAUCCCACCCCAGCCCAGCCUCCUGUGGAGGACCAGCCUGCACCCCAGCAGAAGUCAACUCAUCCUCUCCUAAAUAAAUCCCAGUCCCUGACAAACGCCUUCAAUGCUUUUGGCGAUACCUUCCGAUCAAGCAACGAAGACGAAGCAAAGGCUGAGACCAUCCGAAACUUGCGAAAGUCUUUUGCCAGCCUGUUCUCUGACUAAUGAAAAACCCUACAGCCCAACAGGUGGCCAGUGACGUGAUCGAUCGAUAUGCAUCCUGGUCUGGGGAUAAUUCCAUGUAGCCGUAUACAUUUAAUCCCCUUCUCCCAACUCUGCUGUAAUUAUCCGACUUUCAAUUAACAAUUGGGGGCCGAGUGUCCGGUGAUCGUCCUUGUGAGAUGGAGGUGUGUGCAUUUAUGAGCUGCAUUGCCCUGAACCAGUGGGAUCCACGUGCGGAGGGGAUGGUUCAUAAGCGUUCGGUUACAGGAGGCUGGUGUAUGCUGAAGUUGUCUUAUCCCUUCGAUGUUGUAGUCGUAUCGUGGUAGUGUGUUUUCAUUACCCAGAGACAAAUAUUUGUGACUUGCUUAACUCAUGUAGUGUGUAUCCAGUUGGUGUGUUGUAAUCAUUAGUCAGUAAGACAUAGCCUCAAGAUCUUUAUAAAUGCACUUUCCUAUUCAAGUUUCCUACAAUAAUCAAUUCUUGGACCGGUCAGGAUUUACAGUGGAAUGCUUGGUAUUUUAGUGACAUAGCUUGUGUCCCACACUUAUCAACAUGUCAAGAUAUUCAUGAGUGCCAUGUUAAAGUAUCUCUACAUAUUGUAUUGUACUGUAUGUUUAACAUCUCAGGAGUUUAAUUUAUGUUUAUUUCCGGUGUCACACUGUUCAUGUUGUGUUUUCUUUGUGCACAGUGAUAUUGCUUUGCAUGACCCGGUGAGAACUGUUUUCUCUGUACAAGUGUCAAUAAACAUGUGGUACACCAUUCCACUGAUACACCAGUGUGCUCUGUC